AUGCAAGAUGACCCGCCCGUCGACUCAGCUCAGCGCCCAGCAGUCGAAUUGAACGCGCCCUCCCCACUCGACCACGACGACCCCGUCUCUCCCGCCUCGUCACGCCCCGCUGGAGACCAGGACGCGUCGCUGACGGAUGAAAACGGGGCUGAUGGACCGGGUGGACAGGCAGACGAGCCGCGCGAGCGAGGUGUGGGCGCGGAGGAGGCGAAGAGGGACACCAACGUGAAGGUCGACGUCGAGGCGGGGAACGUUGCAGCGGGGUCGCAGGGAGGGAUGGCAGAGGCAGUGAGCAGUCCCCAGAUGGUUGAGAAGCAGGACAAGGAGACUCUGGCGGUCGAGGAAGGACAGGCUCACGAUCCGUCGAUCGAGUCCAGUGCAGGCGGUGAGCAGGAUCGUAAGGAGGCUGUUGCGGUGGACGGUGUAGUGCAGGAUGCUACGAAGGAGUCAGAGACGCAGGAGGACACUGCGGCAUCCGCCUCAACCCCGCCAGUCCCGACACUCGUCGAACCCAAGCCUUCGAACCCCCUCACCUCGACCAGCUCGCUUCUUCAUCCGCCAGACGCCCGAUCCGCCUCUCCUGCGACACCGGCGGGCUCCGCGUCCUCUGCCGCACGCGCGAUUGCAACGUCGGCGGCAGGCGCGAGUCCCGCUCCUUCUGUCUCGCCCGGACCGACCUCAACAUCCGCCGCCUCGCCUCAGCCAACGAAGAAAUUCCAGAGCUCGCUUGCAGUGAACAAGAAGUUCUUGGAGAAGGCGGGGGAGAAGGCUAAGCCGGAGGUCAAGCCGGUCACGACUCGCCUCGCCACGCCGCCCGUCCCAGCACCUUCCUCAACCUCUCAUCCUCGCCUCUUUGCCGGCAAGCUCUCCUCAGGACCGAUCACCCUCUCCACCUCGUCUUCCGCCGCCGCCGCAGGAUGGAGCAAGAAGUCGACUGCACCUACCCCUUCGACCGCUGCGUCUCAGCCCGGCGCCCCUGCUUCAGCUCCGGGUGCUGGAAGCACCGCGAGCGCAUUGGCACGCGGAAAGGCAGGAGCGGUUUGGGCUGCUCCCAAAUCGACGCAGCCUACGCCGUUCGGAGCGAGGAUGGUGAACGACUUCCCGACGGCGGCAGAAGCGGCGCAUGCCAAGGAGGCUCGCGCACGAGCGAUCAUGGAGCAGAUGCAGGCGCGCGAACGGGCUUUGCAGGCUCGGGCGGCUGCUGCCGCGGCGCACAACCAGCAUCUUCUCGAGGAGCUGGACGCUUUCCGCGGCGUGCACCUUGACCCGAACGCGUCUCACUGGGACGAGGACGAAGACGACUUCCUCGACACGACGAUCGAAUUCGCCGACGGUACGCAGUACAAGAUCACAGAGCAACCGGAUGAGCCGGAAGAGCUUCGCGAACCUGGACCUUCGGAGCUGGCGCUGCGCGAGAAGCCGCUCGCGCCGGGCGAGGUGGUUGAGGCGCCGAAGCGGGAGGAGCGCUUCCGCGACGACUUUGACCGUUCGUGGCCGAAGAAGCCGGCAGCGGCUGGCGACUCGCGCGCGCUCUUCAACGACAAGGCUGGCCGACUCGAGCCGGCCGCGUCUGCCGCUGCACCGCUCGCCAGGCGUCCUGUCGCAGAACCGACCUCCAUCGUGCGACCAGCCGACCGCCGCCUCUCCGACGUUCCCCCUCACAUGGCUGCCGCGCCUCACCAUCUCGAACCUAAACCUCGCCGACCAUCCGUCACUUCGCCCCGCAUGUCCCACGCUCCUCUCCACCCCGCACCGCGCCGCGAAAGCUUCAACGAGCCGAAGCCUUCGCCGUGGGCGCGGCGACCGAGCAUUUCGCAAGGAGAACGACAGGUCCCGCCGCAUCUCGCCGCUGGGGGCGCACGACCGCCUCCUCCGCACAUGCAGACCGCUACUCGCUCGCCGCCGACUCAGCGACAGCCUCUGCCGCCAGUCCAGGCUGUUCUUUCGCCUCCUCGCGCGCCAGCUGCCGCACUGCCGCCCGCCGCGCCCGCUGUCGUCUCGCCGCCAGUCGCAGCGCCCGCUCCCGCAGCGGUGCCGGAGGAGGGGAACAUCGAGGAGAUGCACGCGCGGGAGAUGCAUGCCGCUGCUGAGCGUGCGAAGAAGCGUAGGGAGGAAGAGGAGCAGAAGCGGCUCGAGCAGAUUGAGCGGGCGAAGCGGAAGGCUGCCGAGCUGGAGGAGAAGAUGAGGGCUGCUGAGGAGGCGAAGGUCAAGGCGAAGGAGGAGCAGGAGAAGGCGAAGAAGGAGGCGGAGAACGCCGCAAAGGUUGCGAAAGAGGCGACUGCACCCGCGUCCGCUUCGUCCGCUGCCGACACGGCUUCGUCCUGGCGCGCGGCGGCACGACCACCUACCGUCCGUUUCGGCGCUACAGCCGGCCCUGCCCAUCCCCCUCCUGCGACCCCGGCUGCAGCUCCGACGAAGAUCCUGGCGCGCGAACCUCCUGCGCCGGUUCAGCCAGCCAAAAUUCUUCCUCGCCCAGGUGUCCCAGUAGCAGAACCGCCAGUACGGCAGGCAGCAUGGCGCCCAGCGCCGCAACAACCUGCACGACCUCUCCAGCCUCCUCGUCUCGCUCCGCCUCACCAGCUUCCGCCUCACCUCGCCGCCAAGGCAGCCGCCGCACAAGCCGCUCAGGCGGAACGAGCUGCACCAGCUGCCCCUGCGCCCGCGCCCGCGGCUGCCGCCGAAGCGAAGCCAUCGCCGUCUCCCCUGGCAGAAGCAGCCGCUCCCGCCGGGCAAGCCCAGACUUCCCCUCCUCCACGACCUGUCACGCCUCCACCGCCAGCGGCCCCAGCUAUCGCUUCUCCGCCAAUCUCGCCCGCGACGCAGGAGCGCCGUGCGGCUCAGCAGGCGAAGCAGGCUGGGUACAAGCUGCCAGCCGUCUCGCAAUUCGACGAUCUCAUGUCGCGCAUCAAGGGCGUCAUGACGCACCCCGAAGAGCGCGCUUCCCAGGUGGACUCGGCAGCUUCGCACGAGGCGGAAAGGCCCGUCGUGAAGCUUCCGUCCAGCAGUCCCGCCACCGCUCGUCGCACGGCUGCGCCUGUCGAGACCGGCACGCCGGCACCUGCUCCGCAGUUCGUUGUCGCAUUGCCGGGUGCAGGGCGCGGACGAGGGCGUGGCCGGUCCGAGAUCCCUCGAGUCGCUCGCCAGGCCGUGCCGGUCUUCGAGAACCGCGAACCUGUCCUUCCGAUCCAUUCUUCCCGCCUCUCCCGCUCCGCCUCCCCUCCUCCCGCUUGGCGGCAAUACACCGUUCGCAUCGCCCCUCACCCUCCUCGUCGCCCGCCGCCUGCUCGCGCCGUCAAGAACUUCCAGAACCCGAACUUCCCCCGCCCCCUCUACCCCUUCUCCUGGUCCCCUCAGCUUCGCGAUGUCAAUCCGCGCCGGCUCAGUCGGGACGACUCCCUCCUUCCGAAGCGCUACGACAAGUCGGGCACGGUCAUCUACACCGUUUCGCUGCCGAAGGAACGCCUCCGACGCCGUUCCGUCGUGGAGAAGGAGGAUCCGCCCGCCAUGGUCGUCAAGAUCUCUUCCCUUUCGCUCGUCCGUCAGCCUGCGCCUGCGCCGCUGCCGCAGUCUGCGCAGGCUCAUCCCGCCGUCAUCAACGUGAUUCAAGGGGAGGACCUCUCGCUCGCAAGCCCCGUCGACGCAGUAUUGGGCUACUCGCCCUUCGGCGUGCCCGACCGCCGACGAGCGCCCGAGACCGGCUCAUGGCGGCGAGAAGCGGUCGGCGCACCAGAACCGGGUGCGGAUCAGGCGCCAGCAGCAACGAGUCGCUUCUUCCCCGGCGUUGUCGGCCAGGCGGUGCCGUCCGCCGACGACGUGUCUCUAGGCGCACCUGGACCAAGCGACCUGAACGGUGAGAAGAUCGAGACGACCCCUCGAAGGGAGACGACCGCACCAGGUCUGGGUGCGAAUGGCGGCAUACCGUCUUCGCCGCCGUUCAAGCAGCCCGACAUGAGCCAGUCGACCGCUUCGCCUUCGGCAGCGUGGACGAACAAGUCGCUGGCGCUUUCAGUCCUCGACCCCACCGCUUCGUCGGUCUGGUCUGCCGCACCAGAAGAGAGCAGCGUCCAUGCGCGCGUCAAGUCUGCCGUCCAGCCGGAGAACUCGCUCCAAGGCCUCGUCGACGAGGACCUCUCGGAAGCCUUGCCCAACUCCGUCGCCGAUCUCAAACUCGACGAUGGUCAUCUGGCGGAGGACAAGGAUGCCUCGAAGGCUUCUGCCGCGAAGGAGGAGGCCAAGCUCCGCGCCGUUGCGCCGUCUUUCUCCUCUUUCCUCCACGAGUCGGCGGGCGCCGUCGACCCGUCAGCUGUGGCUGCUAUCGCAGACCACCCUCGCGCGCAUCCGCCUUUCGGCCCCGCAGCGUGGCCAGGCAUCCCUCCUCAGUCGACCCCAUCACCCAUCUCCGCCUACUCGCCCGCUCAGUCUUUCUCGCCGCAGCUGUACACGUCGGUCCCUCCGAACUACGGCCGCACUCUCUCGCAGCAGCAAGUCUACUCGGCCUACCCUACCCAGACGCCCUCUCCCUACGCACCGCAGCACCUCGCCCAGCCGUACUCCCCGCAACACUACCCGUCCGCUUCUCCCGCUUCAACGGCCGUCGGCUACUCUCCCAUGCCGUACCGCGACUCGGCCUCUUCGGCAGCUCCUCACGGCAUCACAAACCCGGCUCUCAUCGCGAACUACGGUUAUGGCGGCCAGAGCGGGAUGUCGUCGGCGCGAGCGUACGGUGCAGUCGGCGCGCCGGGGACGCCAGCGUACGGACGACCGCAACAGCACAUCGGGGCCUAUGGUCGUCCGCCUACGCAGCCUGCCGUCGCGCCCACAGCGUACAUUGCGUCAGGGUUUGGCGCGCCGUUCCAGACGCCGGGCCAGUCCUACCGCGUCGAGAGCCCGUACCCGCUCGGCACCGCCUACUCGUCUUCACCCGACGCUGUCCGCCCGCCCCUCCCUCCGCAGCACCCUUCGGCGACUACGAUGGCUUCGCCGGUCAUCAUGCCUCAGCAGCCGCCGCAAGUUCCCGUCUUCGCCCCGACCUCGUACCCUGGGCAAGUCCUGCCGCCGCACGUCGCGCAGGCUUCAACUUUCGGUGCUGGAUAUGGCGAUGCGUCGCAUGCAGCGUAUGGCCAGCCUGGCGCCGUCUAUGGACGACCGGGACCUGCCGCCCGAGGAGGAGGAGCGUUGGGAUCCGUUGGUGUCGCGCGGUGGUGA